AUGGCUGACGCGCGCCAUUUCGUUUCGUGCGUCGCCGCAGAUGUUGCAGUUCAUGAGACGGAUUUCGCCUUUUGGGUUUCAGGAGGCGUGAAUAAGAAGAACGCCGUGGACAAUAACGAAGAACAGCAGGAUCCCGCUAGCUUUGCCGAUAUGCCCGAAAUACCGGAACGUAGGAUGAUGAGCCAGGCGGGCGACAACAUAACGUUGGAUUGUCCCGGUGUGACGGACAUGUCCCUGGUGCUACAGUUAGAGUGGUGGGCGAACGAUAUGAAGCUGGUGCAGUAUUCCGACGCUGGAACCACCGUCUGGGAGAACCGGCGUCGCAUCACGCUACGCAAAGAUAAUUACGCUCUUGAGAUCCACCCGGUGAGCGCUGAAGACAACGGUCGCUACACGUGUCUCGUCAACAGCCGCCCACGCCCGGAGGCGUACAUUAUGCUUCAGGUGCAGGGUAAGUCGACGCUCUAGGCGGCAGCCAGGCGGUGGCGGGGUGGUAGCUGCACUCCCCACGACUGGACUCCAGCCGGCCAGCAGCACUUCCAGUUCCAGCU